UAGUUCCUAUUAGGUUUAAAAUAGUCUUAAUUUCAAAGCAUAUAUUAUUACUAACUAUAUUACAUUAUUUGUAGACUCCUCUGUAUACAUCAAUAUCAUAUAUUGAUAUUAAUAUCAUUGUCUGCUCCCAAACAUGUUUCAUGUUAAAAUAUGGGGGCAUAAACUUGAAAAAUGUUUAAGACUUUUAAAUGUGAAGCUUUUUCAAAUAUAUUUUUGUAAGAAUUAUAUUUUAUUUAAAGUUGUGAUUUAACAAUACAAGGUUAUAACUGAUUAUUUCUUUUUUCAGGAUGAUCUCCUCAAGACUUCAUGCAGUGUAAAAACUGCAAAUUCAGCACUUCAAGUGAAGAUGUCCUUCUGAAGCACUAUCAGCUACAUCAUCAUAGAAUUUCCAACUGGCCCUGUCUUUACACGCAGUGUGUUUGUGCUUUUAAAACUGCAGGUACUUUACGAUCCCAUCUAAAUCACACCACAACACUGAUAGAGUCAGUCGAGAUCUUUCAACUUUUAAUUGUGGACUAUGUGAAUUUCAUGAGAUUUGUACUGAAAAAAGAUUUUUUCUUCACCUACAAAAUCAUCUGAAACGUAAAGAAGUUAAUGCAGAAGAGACAUGGCAGCCAUAAGGGAAAAAAUGGAACUAACAUUUUCCCUUAGAAGAAAAGAAAUGGUCCAAGAGCAGCCAAUGAUUGUAGAGGUUCAGGAGAGGUGGCCUGCACUCUUUUUUCAAGAACAGAUCUGUGAGGAAUUUUUCCGCAUCACCAACAAAGACCUUCUAGGAGUCUUCAUGGCAGCCACUGACAAGUACACACCAAAGCUUCUGAAAUUAUACAGAGCCAGAAAAGGAGCGUUUGGACAUGAAAUGGAAGAGCUCCUGGAAAGACUUGAUGAAAGGACAACAGAAAUUGUUAAUCACAGAAGGACUGCUGCUUUGGAGGGCCUGCCUUUGUUUCUUCGAGAGAAACAAACUAACCUUUUCAAGAAAUGUAAAGAAACUGAAGAUGGAACAAAGGGCGUAUCAGUUGGCAUUCUCUAUGUUACGGAAGAUGACUCCCGGGCAGCAUCACCAGUGAUCCAGAACAUUGCUGUUGUACUGGAAGAGGUAGUUGUUUUGGAAGACAUUCCAGAUACCUCAAGUGCUGUAGCAUACCUCUUUGGCCUUCUUUAUGCACUCAACUUUUCCUAUCCCAAAGAACUCCGGUACACUUUUGACACAAUUCAGAAUGUUUUCAUGGAGCUUGGGACUGGAUGUACGCAACGUGUGCUUUCUCUUAAAAACAAGAUGUUAAACUAAUACUGUAAACAGUGUUGUGUCAAUGGUCUGAUGUUACAAAGACCUAAUGUACAAUUUGAGUACUAAAUCUGAUUCAUGAGAGCCACUGUUUAGGCACUGUGUUCAGUUAAAUGGGUAACACUUCAUAAUAACUACACACUAUGAAUCAUUUGUUAAGCAUUAGCAAAUAGUUCAUUAUUUGUUAAGUAUUAACUCUAAUAGGCAUUAAUAAGCACUUUAUAAAUACAGCCACAAAUGCUAUAUUCUUAAAUUGUAAUUAAUUGCAUAUUCAUACUUU